AAAACUUUCAAAAAAGGGAAAUGGGAACAAUUUUUUGGGACGACCCAAAAAAGAAAAUGAGACUUAUUUUAUGGGACGGAGGAGUACCAUCGAAAUCCUUCCGACCCUUUAUGGUAAAUUCACCCAACAUUAGCUUGGAAACAAAUCGGCUCAACUUUCCAAUUCACAUUGUAGAAAAUUCACUUCCCCUCCGUCAUUGCCGUGUUUGACGUCAAGUCACAGUCUAUACAUACAAUUCCUGUGUAUGUAUAGAGAGACAAAGAGAGAGGACUGGGUUGGUUUCCAUGGCUUUUAUAUAAACGACGAGGUACCUCUCUCUCUCUCCCAAUAUACUCAUAUGCUUAUUGUAUGGCUUACCUGCUUCUGGUAGGGUCUUCAUUUUCCGGCGACAGUUUUAUCGACAGAGGAGUGACGUUUGGAUGAUCAGAGCACCGGCAGCAGUCAAAGUCGGUAGAGUUUUGGCGAUUAUUGAUCGACGGGGAAGAGAUUAUGAGAGGUGCGGGCCGUGCGGCGAAUGAGGAUUUGAUGAGAAGCGCGAACCACGCACACCACGCACUCGAGACUAUCACCGCUGCUGCAACUGCGAUCGCUUCGGCCGAGAAUCGUGCGUCGCAAGCUUCGGUUCAGUGUUUCAUACGUAGUACUACCUCCGUCCCGCUAUGAUUGUCUCAUUUUACCUUAUCGGUCCGUCCCACUAAGAUUGUCCCAUACCAAAUUGGGUAAAGUUUGUGUUGCUCUAAAUCAUUCUUACUUUAUUCUUACUUUAUCAAUUCAAUAUCAACCACAUAAACCACUUUUUAUUAAUUUGCGUGUCACUCCCUCUUGUCCCAUUGUUAGCGGGGGACGGAGGGAGUACUUUUUUAUUUGAAAGAAAGUGUUUCAUACUUGUGGCUUAUAUUUUGAGUUUAACUUCUGAACGGGAGGACGUAGACAGUUCAAUCGCUCGUGUCUUUUUUAUUAACUGCUAAAAGUUCUUUUGAUCAUAGAGAUAGAUGGUUGAAUUGUUUAGGGUGGUGAAUUUAUAUAUUUGAUGCCUAAAGAUUGAAACCGUUUUUCUAGAACCACUGAUAAAUUCUUGAGAUAAUAGCUAAAUUGCUUGUGGAAAAUAGACACAGGCCAUGUGGGUGUUUGUGUAUUCUUGAUCUUGGGAGUACGAUUUAUUUUAGUGAUUAUAGAGAAACCAGUAAUAAUAAAUGUUGGUAGUGUUUGAAAAUAAAAGUGACACUAAAAAGUAAGGGGAAAUGUUGGUGAUGAAGUAAUUUUGCUGUACCAUUUGGGCGAUUUAUUACAGAAGAAACUGAAAUACAGUUGUAAGCAUAUCCUUCCUCACCGUUUUGUUUGGAAAUGCUAAAGUUAAGCAAUAGUACCAACUAAAAAAUAGCAGUCUUUUUAGCCUUUUCAAAGCAAUAAUGCGCAAAGUGCUUUUCCUAAGAGAUGGAAAACUAUCUAUCUGAAACUUGAUAUUUGUCUUAACCCUGCUAGUAAAUUGUUGCAGGUGAUUGGCCAUUCCUAUAUUCAAUUAGAGGACGAUGAUAGAAUUAGGGCAUUGGAAAACAUACAGAAUGUUAAAUUGACGAGUAUUCCAAAAUCAAAAUCUGAAUUUCCUUAUCAGUUUUUUUUCUGAGGAAUCAGAAGUUUUAUUCUUCGUAUUCUGCAUCCUGCAUUCUGCUGGAAUUUUGAUAUAGAUUUGCCUUGCCCUUGCAACUUGAGAAUUGCAAAUUAAAAAUGCUUUUCCGAAGUUGGGAUUGCCUCCAUUACCUUCCUAUUCCAUUCCCUCAGUUGCUAUAGUUUUGAGAGAUAUACAUGAAAUGUUUAGGCUGUGUGCCCCACCGUUUCAUUUAUUUCACCUGAAAGUAUGGCAAUGGAACACAAUGGAUGGGAAAUGAAAUUAGGACUCUCACUUCCUUUUUCCGGGUGCCUACAUCAUGGAAAUGUUGAUGACCCAAGAGCAUACAGGAACGCACCCUCUUUUUACUUAUCUCAUUCUGUGGUGUUUGUUUAGGUUGCUCUGGUCAUUGCCAGUACACCAUGUGUUUAAGUACUUGCAUAGUUCUGUUUAGAAAUCAUAUGAGCGCAUUCUUCCCUACACACAAUGAACACUCUACUCUUGUAAUGAGUUGUUUUCUUUUCAGAAAGUAUGAACAUUCUUGUCUUAUUUGGAGUAAUAGGUGAAAGUAUCCCAACACAAGAACAAUAUCAACUGUUUGUCUAUCUGUAAAGGAGUUGAUAGCUUGGUAAAGUUUGGCAAGAAAAGAACAUAGUUUUUGCUCUUAUGGAUCUCUCUGUAUUCUGGAGUCUUUGUAUUUCCUUAAUCAUUUUUCUCCUUUGGACUCUUUGAAGUUGAAUAAUCAUAUUGUAAUUGAUAGGAGCUGUUUAAUUCUUUAUAUUUGGAAACAGAGUGCCACACUAGUACUACACUACUACGUAUUAGUUUUCAGAACUUCUUUAGUCUCUUACUAAGAGAAAAUGUCAACCCCAAGCACUUAAUGUUGGUGCUAGAGAUGCAGUAUUAGAUGCAUUAAGCCUCAUAUUUCUAACAUAUUUUUUUUAUAGAUGAUAAAUAUUUGGGAAUUGGGAUAUGAUAAGGCCAACUCUCUUUAUGGUUGUGGUUCUGAGUUUAAUAACCUCACUCUCAUUUUAAUAAGCUUCAUUUACUGUCACUUUUACUCUCAUUGAUGAGGGAAAAGAGAAGAUUGAUCCAAUGUAAAGAUGCAUGGUUGAGAAAAUUUACAUUGAAGCCUUUUACUUAUAUACUUAUAACUGACAUAGUAAAAGUUUCAUUGCUCUUAAUAGCUGUCUGCUAAUCCAUCUGAUCUUAUGGUUGUGCACUUGUGCAGAAGAGAAGAUGGAGAUGCUGUUUUAGCAUAUAUUGGUGUUUUGGAAUGAAAAAACAGAACAAAAGAAUUGGUCAUGCAGUCUUUGAUCCUGAAACAAGAAGAGUACCUGGAGAAGGUGGUCUGCCUCUACCCGAUAACCCAACUCAAACUACAACCACUUUCUCACUCCCUUUUGUUGCACCUCCGUCAUCUCCUGUGUCUUUCCUCCACUCAGAGCCUCCCUCUGCUAUCCAAUCACCAGGUGGCAUGAUAUCAUUUUCAUCCAUGUCUGCGAACAUGCUGUUGUACUCCCCUGGUGGACCUGCUUCGAUGUUCUCAAUGGGGCCAUAUGCUCAUGAACCCCAGCUAGUUUCCCCUCCGGUUUUCUCAACAUUCACUACAGAACCUUCCACGGCUCCCUUCACUCCUCCUCCUGAGUUGGUCCACUUGACUACCACACCAUCUUCACCUGAGGUUCCUUUUGCUAAGCUUCUUGACCCAAACUUCCAAAACAGUAAUAUGUUUCCACUUUCACCCCGCGAAUUUCAUUCAUAUCAAUUACAACCGGGAAGCCCAAUCAGCCGUUUGCUUUCUCCUGCCUCGGCAAUCUCGGGCUCAGGUACUUCAUCCCCUUUCCCUGACCGUGAGUUGUUUUAUUCGUUGGGACCCUCAUGUCAUGAUGUCACUCCUCUUCGGAGCUCAUAUAAUAACAGUAGGAGGAAUGGGCAGGCGGCUUUGAAUCACAGAGUUUCAUUUGAGGCGAGCACGGAAGAUUCUUUGAGGUGCAUGGAGAAAAUGUCAAGAAUAUUGUCCGAGGCUGGAUUGUUAGUCUCUAUUGAGAACGGACAGGAAAAGGAAUCCAAUACUAAACUUACAGUCAAGUCUCCAGGGGAAGGAGUGGAAAGAGGUUCUGGAGAUGGGAAUGAUGAAAAGCGGGACGAGAUGAACCCAUCUAUGACUGUAGAGGAAUUUAACUUUGAUAACGUAAAUGAAGAAACAGUAGCAGAAACGCUUAGUGUUGUUGGGUGGGAGAACGAGAAGGGGAUCGGGGAGGGUGGGGUUGGACCUUGCCCCCAGAACUGGUCUUUCUUUCCAAUGAUGAUGCAGCACUACAGCAGCCAGGGUAAAAGUUGACUUGGCUAUGGAACCACAAAAGUAAGCACAGGGUAGCAUUUUGAAUGAAGGGGGAUGUUUUUGAAGCACUUCCUGACAAUGUAUGUAUAUUAGAAGAAGGGAUAAGUUGGGAAUCAUUUUGGAUCUAAAAGAAAACGGGUAAUAAUCACCCCCCUACGUAGGUUAUCUUCUCCUACACAGAGGUCUUCUAAUCCUGUAAAACGAAUAAUAGAUGGAUUAGCAGCGGCAGUCAUUAGAAUAUCCUGUGAACGAACUGUCAAUGGACAUAUCAGUUUUAGGUGAGAAGAAAGCUACGCUCCAAUGUCAUUUUGUAUAAUACUAUCUAUAUACGUAGUACUACGAAUGAUUUAUGAGACUAGGCCAGGAAAAACUCUUGUAGAAUUAUGCAGGAUAAUAAUAAGUCUAAUUUCUC